CAGAAGGCGAAGGUGUGGAGGGAAGUGGCUAGUGCACAAGCAGUAGCUCUGGCUGGCGGGGGCGGUACCUCCCAGCCUGAUCCUAGGGUGAGUGAGGUGCUCACUCCGCCCCCAGUCCAGGGCCGAGGCGGGGCUGCCGUCUCUCGGGCAACAGGACGCACUGCGGUCCCAGGCCCUAGGUUCGUCUGCCGACCUCGCAAGGUGCGCUAGUCCUGCGAAUACGCGGGUUGCAGGUCGCAGAGGAAAGGUGGGCACUUCCAGGGGUGCGCUGCUAAGGGUGUCCUCGCCAGGAGCCGGCCGCUCUCUCGCCUCCCCUCGGACGUACGGGAUGGCAGCCAGAGUGGAAGGGACUGUGCGCCUCCGUCCCACGGAGCUGGAGGACGAGGAAGAGGAGGAGGAGGAGGACCCGGAGGCUGCGGCUGCGCGGAGAGCGCAGCGCUUCUCUCUGGACCCGCGGGUGCGCUUCCUGGGCGGCCUCGUGAGCCAGGCGCUGGCUUUGCGAGAGGAGACGUGGAGCCAGUACCUGGAGAGCGAGGACCACCGGCAGGUCUUGGGGGACUUUCUGGAGAGCACGAGUCCCGACUGUCUGGUGGUUGGUGUUCCGGCUGCCGGGCGGCUGGUGGCCUCCAGGGAGAUUCCAAGAGAUGCAAAACACAAGCUUGUUUAUUUUGUCAAGAAGAUAACUGAGAGCGCAGGAGAAAGUGAUUUCUCCAGAACAGUUUUAUUUGGAGAAUUACCUGCGCUGACUCUUCCACAUGUGACUGCUUUUCUCGAUGAGGUAUUAGUACCAAUUCUUUCUAAUAAGAACAAUCAUAAAUCAUGGUCGAGUUUUAUGUCACAAGACGUGGAAUAUCACAUUGAAGUCAUGAAAAAUAAGAUGCACAUUUUUAGGGGAAAGAUGUCUAGAAGAACUCUUCUACCAAUUCCCACUAUUGCAGAGAAUAUUGACUUGGAUAAGAAUUAUUCAGAGACCAGACUACCAUCAGAUGAACGGAGAAUACUCCAUGCAAUUGAAUCUGUGGUUAUUAAGUGGUCACACCAGAUCCAAGAACUUGUAGAGAAAGAUUCAGCACAGCCUCUGCUGAGUGGCUGCCACCUGACUCCUCAGAGUGAGCUGGACUUCUGGGCUAUGAGGAGGGAUAAUCUGAAAUGCACUUACCAUCAACUUCAAGCUCCUAUUGUCCUCAAGAUGAUUAAGAUACUGAGAACCAGGCAAAGCAGCUAUUUCCCUGCUCUGAAGAGCAUCUUUACCACUGUGGAAAAUGCUCUCCUUGAAGCCCAAGAUGUGGAACUUCACCUGAGACCUCUGAGGCAGCACAUUCAAGGUCUCCAGGAGACAGAAUUCCCACAGACCCGCAUGUUAAUCGCUCCACUGUUUCACACCGUCUGUCUUAUCUGGAGUCAUUCCAAGUUUUAUAAUACUCCUGCUCGGGUUAUAGUUCUGUUGCAAGAGUUUUGCAACCUCUUCAUUGAACAGGCAAUAGUGUACCUAUCACCUGAAGAUCUUUUGAAGGGAGAAAUCGAAGACUCAUUGGAAAAGGUGCAGGUGGUCAUUAAUAUCUUGAAGACUUUCCAAAAUUAUUUUUUCAAGUAUAGGAAAGGAUUGGCAAGCUAUUUCACAGGAAAUACAGAGCCAAGGUCCUGGGAUUUUCAGUCUCACUUGGUGUUUUACAGACUUAACAAGUUUCUUGACCAACUACUGAAAAUAGAGGAUAUAUUUGUCACCAUACUGGAAUUUGAAAAACUGGAAAGACUGGAAUUUGGUGGCACCAAGGGAGCAAUUCUAAAUGAACAAAUCCAUGAGAUGAGUGAAGAAUUUAUGGAACUCUGUAGAGUUUUUCGACAGAGCACUUAUGACCCAUCUGACUACGAUAACAUGGAGUUUGAAAGUGAUUAUGUUGCAUUUAAGUCCAAAACCCUGAAUUUUGACAGAAGGCUUGGGACGCUUUUGUGUGAAGGUUUUUGUAACUGCAGUGGUUUGGAAUCUGCAUUUAAGCUUUUGACCAUAUUUGGGAAUUUUCUAGAAAAACCAGUUGUCAUGGAAAUCUUCAGCCCACAUUACAGCACAUUGUUGAACAUGUUUAAUGCAGAGUUGGAUAUGUGUAAGCAACUGUAUGAUGAACACACAAAGCAGGUUGAACAUGGACAUAUCGUUCUUAACAAGAAUAUGGCAUUCACCUCUGGAAAUAUUAAAUGGGCCAGAGAGCUCCAUGAACGGCUUCAAAUGUUUUGGUCAAACCUUACAUCUCUCCAUUAUCUAUUCUUGGACAAUCCUGAUGAAGCUGCAGUUUAUCAGAAAUAUGCUGAAAUGACCAGUUUGCUGGACCAGUUUGAAAGUCAUAUCUAUAAUGAAUGGAGAAGAAAUGUGGACGAAAUUUGUGAAUUCAAUCUGAAUCAACCCUUGGUUAAAUUUAGUGCCAUAAAUGGUCUUCUUAGUGUCAACUUUGACCCAAAGCUUGUGGCUGUACUGAGAGAAGUGAAAUACCUUUUGAUGCUGAAGAAGUCUGACAUACCAGAUUCAGCUUUAACCAUUUUCAAAAAAAAGAAUACUAUUUUAAAGUACAUUGGGAAUCUUGAACUUCUUGUGCAAGGAUACAAUAAACUGAAACAGACUCUUCUGGAAGUUGAACACCCUCUCAUUGAAGAUGAGUUGGGAGCUAUUGAUGAGCAGCUCAACAUGGCAGCCACAUGGCUGACAUGGCAGGAUGACUUCUGGGACUACAUGGAGAAGGUACAAAUGGCCACUGCCGAGCUGGAGCGCAGAGUUACACAGACUCAGAGCAAUGUGCAAGCAAUCCAGCAAACCAUGCGGGCCUGGGCAGAGUGUCCGCUGCUGCCCCGGAGGGAGCCCAGAAGGGAGGCUGCCUUGACCUUGGAAGACAAGGGGGAUCUGUUUGCUAAAAAAUACAAGCUAAUCCGGGAAGAUGGCUGCAAGAUACACAACUUGGUCGAGGAAAACCGGAAGUUGUUCAAAGCUGAUCCUUCUCUGGAUAUCUGGAAAAUUUAUGUUGAAUUCAUUGACGACAUUGUGGUAGAAGGCUUUUUUCAGGCCAUUCUGCAUGACCUGGACUUCUUCCUGAAGAACACAGAGAAGCAAUUGAAACCUGCACCAUUUUUUCAAGCACAAAUGAUCUUAGUGCCCCCAGAGAUUGUGUUCAAGCCCCCUUUAGAAAGAGAUGCUGGGGAUGGCUUCUACGAUCUGGUGGAAGAAAUGCUGUGUAGCAGUUUCAGAAUGUCCGCCCAGGUGGAGCGGGUAGCAGCGCACCUGGAAACUGCAAACUACCAGAAUGACAUGGAUAACAUGUUAGGCCUGGCAGAGGCCCGGCAGGAGAUAAUGAAUAGAGUGGCUGAUGUCAUCAGCAAAGUCUUGGAGUUCAGAAGUUCCCUGGAGAGCUACGCUUACCUCUGGGUGGACGACCGAGUGGAGGUCAUGAAGCACUUUCUCCUGUAUGGCCAUGCUGUGUCUUCUGAGGACAUGGAUGCACAGGGAAGUGAGGACAUCCUGCAACCGCCAACUCUUGAACAAUUCAAAGAACAGAUCGACAUUUAUGAGGCUUUGUACGUUCAGAUGAGCAAGUUCGAUGACUUCCGGGUGUUUAAUAGUUGGUUCAAGGUGGACAUGAAACCUUUCAAGUUGAGUUUGCUGAACGUGAUCAAGAAGUGGAGCUGGAUGUUUCAGGAGCAUCUGCUGAGAUUUGUCGUUGACAGUUUGAAUGAGCUACAGGGAUUUAUCAAGCAGACAGAUGCAGGGCUUCAGAGAGAAUUGAGCGAAGGUGAUCACAGUGGCUUAGUUGACAUCAUGGGGCAUCUUCUAGCUGUAAGAAGCCGACAGAGAGCUACUGAUGAGCUCUUUGAACCUCUGAAAGAAACCAUCACACUGCUGGAAAGCUAUGGCCAGAAGAUGCCCAAGCAGGUCUAUGCUCAGAUGGAGGAAUUACCUGAGAGAUGGGAAACCACUAAAAAGAUUGCAGCCACAGUCAGACACGAAGUCUCACCACUCCAAAAUGCAGAAGUCACACUUAUUAGGAAAAAAUGUAUUUUGUUUGAUGAAAAGCAGACAGAGUUCAGAGAAAGAUUCAGAAGUUGUGCCCCUCUUGGAUUUAAGGCAGAAAACCCAUACUCAGUGCUUGAUAAGGCAAAUGAGGAGCUCGAGACUUUGGAGGAAGAAAUGGCACUGAUGCAAGACACUGCGCGUCUCUUCGAGGUGGCCCUUCCGGAGUACAAACCAAUGAAGCAGUGCCGCAAAGAGAUACGACUGCUCAAGGGACUCUGGGAUGUCAUCGUUUAUGUUACAAGAAGCAUUGAUAAUUGGACUAAAACCCAGUGGCGACAGAUUAAUGUGGAACAGAUGGAUGUAGAACUCAGAAGGUUUGCCAAGGAAAUCUGGUCACUGGACAAGGCCAUCCGUGCUUGGGAUGCUUAUAUGGGCCUGGAGGGCACCGUGAAGGACCUGGCAACCUCGCUGAGAGCCAUUGCAGAGUUGCAGAACCCUGCUCUCAGGGACAGGCAUUGGCAGCAGCUAAUGAAGGCCACUGGGGUCAGAUUUUCAAUAAAUGAAACCACAACAUUGGCAGACAUGCUGACGCUGCAGUUGCACAGAGUAGAAGAUGAAGUGCGUGACAUCGUAGACAAAGCUGUGAAGGAGCUGGGCACAGAAAAGGUUAUAAUGGAAAUCAGCUACACUUGGGGAAACUUGGAAUUUUCUUAUGAAGUUCACCAUCGAACAGGCAUUCCUUUACUGAAGUCUGAUGAACAACUUUUUGAAACUCUAGAGCACAACCAAGUUCAGUUGCAGACUCUUCUUCAAAGCAAGCACGUGGAGUACUUCAUUGAACAAGUCUUAAGCUGGCAAAAUAAGUUAAACAUAACCGACUCAGUCAUCUUUACUUGGAUGGAAGUCCAGCGAACUUGGUCUCAUCUAGAAAGCAUUUUUGUUUGUUCAGAAGACAUUCGACUCCAGCUUGUGAAAGAUGCCAGAAGAUUUGACGGAGUAGAUGUUGAAUUCAAGGAGUUAAUGUUCAAGACUGCCAAAAUAAAAAAUGUUUUAGAAGCAACAUGCAGACCCCAUCUCUAUGAGAAACUUAAAGAUUUACAGCACAGGCUUUCUCUUUGCGAAAAAGCGCUUGCUGAAUAUCUGGAAACCAAGCGUGUAGCUUUCCCUCGCUUCUACUUCAUCUCGUCUGCUGACUUACUGGAUAUUCUUUCCAAGGGAGCUCAGCCAAAGCAGGUAACUCGUCACCUUGCCAAGCUCUUUGACAGCAUUGCAGAUCUGCAGUUUGAAGAUAAUCUAGAUGUUUCAGUACACAGAGCAAUUGGAAUGUACAGCAAAGAAAAGGAGUAUGUCCCAUUCCAAGCCGGGUGUGAAUGCAUAGGCCACGUAGAAACUUGGCUUCUGCAACUCGAGCAGACCAUGCAAGAAACAGUACGCCAGGCUAUCACAGAAGCCAUCGCGGCCUACGAGGAGAAGCCCAGAGAGCUAUGGAUUUUUGAUUUCCCUGCUCAGGUGGCUCUAACCAGCUCACAAAUCUGGUGGACCACAGAUGUAGGAAUUGCCUUCAGUCGACUGGAGGAAGGCUAUGAAACGGCCCUGAAGGAUUUCCAUAAGAAGGAGAUUUCUCAACUGAAUACACUGAUCACACUUCUGCUGGGAGAGCUUCUACCUGGAGACAGGCAGAAGAUCAUGACACUCUGCACCAUCGAUGUCCAUGCCAGAGACGUGGUGGCAAGACUGAUUUCUCAGAAGGUUGUCAGCCCCCACGCUUUUGCCUGGCUAUCGCAACUUCGGCACUGGUGGGAAGACACCCGGAAGCACUGCUUUGUUAACAUCUGUGACGCCCAGUUCCAGUACUUCUAUGAAUACUUAGGAAACAGUCCUCGACUGGUGAUUACUCCUCUCACUGACAGGUGUUAUAUCACCUUAACUCAGUCUCUUCAUCUGACCAUGAGCGGAGCUCCAGCAGGCCCAGCUGGAACAGGAAAAACAGAAACCACCAAAGACCUGGGCCGUGCCCUGGGCAUGAUGGUCUAUGUGUUCAACUGUUCUGAGCAAAUGGACUACAAAUCCAUAGGAAACAUCUACAAAGGUCUGGUACAGACAGGUGCAUGGGGCUGCUUCGACGAGUUCAAUCGCAUCGCUGUGGAGGUUCUGUCCGUGGUGGCAGUGCAAGUGAAGAUGAUCCAUGAUGCUAUCAGAAACCAGAAACAGAGAUUUGUAUUUCUCGGAGAGAUGAUCACACUGAAGCCGUCAGUGGGAAUAUUUAUUACUAUGAACCCAGGAUAUGCUGGUCGGACCGAAUUGCCAGAAAAUCUAAAGGCUCUUUUCAGACCCUGCGCUAUGGUGGCCCCCGACAUCGAGCUGAUCUGUGAAAUCAUGUUAGUGGCAGAAGGGUUUGUGGACGCGCGUUCAUUGGCCCGGAAGUUCAUUUCACUGUACACGCUCUGCAAGGAGCUCCUGUCCAAGCAGGAUCAUUAUGACUGGGGACUUCGUGCUAUUAAAUCUGUCUUGGUUGUUGCUGGCUCCCUGAAACGAAGAGAUAAAAAUAGACCUGAAGACCAGGUACUUAUGCGAGCAUUAAGGGACUUCAAUAUGCCUAAAAUAGUAACAGAUGACAUCCCAGUGUUCCUGGGCCUUGUCAGUGACCUGUUUCCAGCCCUGGAUGUUCCUCGGCAGAGGAAGCCACACUUUGAACAGAUGGUCAAGCAGUCCACCCUGGAGCUCCGCCUGCAGCCGGAGGAGAGCUUCAUCCUCAAAGUUGUCCAGCUUGAAGAACUUCUGGCCGUGCGACACUCCAUCUUUGUGGUUGGAAAUGCAGGCACAGGGAAGAGUAAGAUUUUGAGAACAUUGAACCGAACAUAUGUUAACAUGAACCAGAAACCUGUUUGGAGCGACUUAAACCCCAAAGCUGUGACAACAGAUGAGCUCUUUGGUUUCAUACAUCAUGCUACCCGAGAAUGGAAAGAUGGUCUCUUCUCAUCCAUCCUGCGAGAACAGGCAAAUCUCAUGCAUGAUGGGCCAAAGUGGGUCGUCCUGGAUGGGGACAUUGACCCCAUGUGGAUUGAAUCACUGAACACGGUCAUGGAUGAUAACAAGGUGCUGACCCUGGCCAGCAAUGAACGCAUAGCUCUCACUCCCUCCAUGAGGCUUCUAUUCGAGAUCCAUCACUUGAGGACAGCUACCCCAGCCACAGUCUCCAGAGCUGGUAUUCUGUAUGUGAACCCACAGGAUCUGGGCUGGAAUCCGUAUGUGGCCAGCUGGAUAGACAGAAGGCGUCAUCAAUCAGAAAAAGCCAAUUUGACUAUUCUUUUCGAUAAAUACGUUCCCGUGUGCUUGGAGAAGCUAAGAACUAGCUUUAAGGCCAUCACGUCUAUUCCAGAGAGCAGCCUGGUACAGACUAUUUGUGCUCUUUUGGAGUGUUUGCUAACUCCUGAGAAUGUGCCUUCUGACAGCCCCAAAGAAGUCUAUGAAGUUUAUUUUGUGUUUGCGUGUGUCUGGGCAUUUGGAGGCACCCUGCUACAAGAUCAACUUUCUAAUUACCAAGCUGACUUUAGUCGGUGGUGGCAUAAAGAAAUGAAAGCAGUGAAGUUUCCAUCCCAGGGAACCAUCUUUGAUUAUUAUCUGGACCACAAAACUAAGAAGUUCUUGCCUUGGACUGACAAGGUCCCCCAGUUCACCAUGGAUGCCGACGCACCUCUGAAGACAGUUCUCGUCCACACCCAGGAGACAACACGUCUUAGAUAUUUCACCGAAUUGCUGCUUGAGAAAGGCAAGCCGCUCAUGCUGGUGGGAAAUGCAGGUGUGGGGAAAACAGUCUUUCUGAGUGAUAUGCUGACGAGUCUCUCAGAGGACUACAUAGUGUCACGUGUGCCUUUCAACUACUACACGACAGCAGCAGCCCUGCAGAGAAUUCUUGAAAAGCCUUUAGAGAAAAAAGCUGGUCGUAGCUAUGGCCCAAAAGGAAAGAAAAAAUUGGUUUAUUUCAUUGAUGAUAUGAACAUGCCUGCAGUGGACGCCUAUGGCACUGUUCAGCCUCAUGCUCUGCUGCGACAGCACAUGGACUAUGGGCACUGGUAUGAUAGACAGAAGGCCAUGCUUAAAGAAAUCCACAGCUGCCAGUACGUGGCCUGCAUGAAUCCCAUGGUGGGCAGUUUCACGGUCAACCCGAGGCUGCAGAGGCAUUUCACAGUGUUUGCCUUCAAUUUUCCAUCUUCGGAUGCACUGACCACCAUCUAUGGCCAGAUCUUCAGCUUCCAUCUCCAGCAGCAAACAUUCAGCCCAUCAGUUCUCAGGGCUGGCCCCUCUUUGACCCAGGCAACAAUAGCAUUCCAUCAGAUGAUGGUGCAGUACUUCUUACCCACUGCUGUCAAAUUCCACUACAUUUUUAAUCUGAGAGAUCUAUCAAAUGUCUUCCAGGGGAUUUUGUUUGCUUCUCCAGAGUGUUUACAAUGCCCUGAUGAUUUAAUGCGCCUGUGGCUUCAUGAAUUGUCCCGUGUUUAUGGAGACAAACUGAUAGACACAAAUGACUGUGACUUAUUUCAGAAAAAAAUGCUGGAAACUGCUCAUAAAUACUUUGAAGGUGCAGACAGUAGUGUGCUGCUUCGGCAGCCCCUCGUUUAUUGCCAUUUUAGCAGUGGCAGUGAAGACCCAUGUUACAUGCCAAUAAAGGACUGGGAAGGGCUGAAGACACUUCUUAAAGAAACGUUAGAUAACUACAAUGAGCUAAAUGCUGCUAUGCACCUGGUGUUGUUUGAAGAUGCCGUGCAACAUGUGUGUCGAAUCAGUCGCAUUCUUCGGACCCCUCAGGGCCACGCCCUCUUGAUUGGAGUUGGGGGCAGUGGCAAGCAGAGUCUGUCUCGGCUGGCAGCCUUCAUCUGCAGCCUGGAAGUCUUUCAGAUCACUCUGACUGAAGGCUACGGAGCUCAGGAACUUCGGGUAGAUCUGGCCAAUUUGUAUGUCAGAACUGGAGCCAAGAACAUGCCCACCGUGUUCCUGCUGACAGAUGCCCAUGUUCUAGAUGAGAGCUUCCUCAUGCUGAUUAAUGACCUGCUGGCAUCAGGAGACAUCCCAGAUCUGUUCAGUGAUGAAGAUAUGGACAAGAUAGUUUCUGGGAUUCGUAAUGAAGUUCGUGGUCUUGGCAUGGUGGAUUCCAGAGAAAAUUGUUGGACAUUCUUUUUGGCCAGAGUCCGACUACAGCUCAAAAUUGUCUUCUGUUUCUCUCCGGUUGGUCACACGCUGCGAGUCAGAGCCCGGAAGUUCCCAGCCAUAGUCAACUGCACAGCUAUUGACUGGUUUCAUGCGUGGCCACAGGAGGCUCUGGUCUCAGUCAGCAGGUGGUUCAUUGAGGAAAUCCAGGGAAUUGAGCUGCAGCACAAAGAUUCCAUUAGCCUUUUCAUGGCACACGUUCACACCAGCGUAAAGGAAAUAAGUGCCAGGUAUUACCAGAAUGAGAAAAGACACAACUACACCACCCCAAAGAGUUUCUUAGAGCAAAUAUCACUGUUUAAGAGCCUAUUGAAGAAGAAACGGGAAGAGGCUCUCCAGAAGAGAGAACACUUGAUGAACGGCAUACAGAAGCUGCAGGCCACCACCUCACAGGUGGGAGAUCUGAAAGCCAGGCUGGCCUCUCAAGAAGCCGAGCUACAGCUCAGAAACCAGGACGCGGAAGCACUGAUCACCAAGAUCGGGCUUCAGACGGAGAAAGUGAGCCGGGAAAAGGCCAUCGCAGAUGCUGAGGAGCAAAAGGUGGCUGCCAUUCAGACUGAAGCUUCCCAGAAGCAGAGAGAAUGUGAGGCUGAUUUACUCAAGGCUGAGCCUGCCCUGGUGGCUGCUACUGCUGCACUCAAUACACUCAACAGGGUCAACCUCACAGAGCUAAAAGCCUUUCCUAACCCCCCAAUUGCUGUUACCAACGUUACUGCAGCCGUGAUGGUCCUUCUGGCCCCCCGAGGCAGAGUGCCAAAGGACCGAAGUUGGAAAGCAGCUAAAAUCUUCAUGGGAAAGGUUGAUGAUUUUCUGCAAGCGUUAAUUAACUACGAUAAAGAGCACAUUCCAGAGAACUGUCUAAAAGUAGUGAAUGAACAAUAUUUGAAAGACCCAGAGUUUAAUCCAAACUUUAUUCGGACCAAAUCUUUUGCAGCAGCUGGUCUCUGUGCCUGGGUCAUCAACAUCAUUAAAUUCUAUGAGGUCUACUGUGAUGUGGAGCCAAAACGCCAGGCACUGGCCCAGACGAACUUAGACCUGGCGACAGCUACUGAAAAGCUAGAGACCAUCAGGAAGAAGCUUGUGGAUCUGGAUCAAAAUCUGAGCAGACUCACAGCUUCGUUUGAAAAGGCAAUGACUGAGAAGGUCCGGUGUCAGGAAGAGGUCAAUCAAACCAGUAAGACCAUUGACCUAGCCAACAGACUCGUCAGUGAACUGGAGUCACAUUCAACUUUGAUUUCAAAGGUUUCCAUCCCGAUAACAGAAGGCCUGGACCUGAUUUCCAUGUUGACGGAUGAGGCAACAAUUGCCUCCUGGAAUAAUGAAGGACUACCCAGUGAUAGGAUGUCAACUGAAAAUGCCACCAUUCUAACACACUGCGAGCGCUGGCCUCUGAUGAUAGAUCCUCAGCAACAGGGAGUUAAGUGGAUCAAGAAUAAGUACGGGCCUCACCUGAAAGUCACACAUUUGGGACAGAAAGGGUUUUUAAAUGCCAUUGAAGCAGCUCUGGCCUUUGGUGAUGUUAUCCUAAUUGAAAACCUCAAGGAAACAGUAGAUCCAGUUCUUGAUCCUCUACUUGGCAGAAACACCAUUAAAAAAGGAAAGUAUAUCAAGAUCGGAGAUAAAGAAUGUGAAUUCAACAGAAACUUCCGCCUUAUCCUGCACACAAAACUGGCAAAUCCACACUAUAAGCCAGAAUUACAGGCUCAGACAACCCUCCUCAAUUUCACAGUCACAGAAGAUGGUCUCGAGGCUCAGCUGCUCGCAGAGGUCGUCAGUAUUGAAAGGCCAGAUCUGGAGAAACUGAAGCUGGUAUUGACCAAGCACCAAAAUGACUUUAAGAUUGAGCUGAAGCACCUGGAGGAUGAGCUGCUCCUGCGCCUCUCGGCUGCAGAGGGGAGCUUCCUGGAUGACACGGACCUGGUAGAGCGACUGGAGACCACCAAGACCACAGCAGCAGAGAUCGAGCACAAGGUGAGCGAAGCCAGAGAAAACGAAAGAAAAAUCAACGCAGCCCGAGAAUGUUACCGACCAGUGGCGGCUAGAGCAUCUCUUCUUUAUUUUGUGAUUAAUGACCUCAGAAGAAUCAACCCUAUCUAUCAAUUCUCUUUGAAGGCUUUCAAAUUGCUGUUCCAAAGAGCCAUCGAACAGGCUGACAAGGUGGAGGACCCACAAGAGCGUAUCUGUGUCCUCAUGGAGAACAUCACCCAUGCCGCCUUCCUCUAUACAAGCCAGGCACUGUUUGAGAAAGACAAGCUGACUUUUCUGUCCCAGAUGGCUUUUCAGAUUUUGUUGAGAAAGAAAGAGAUCGACCCUGUUGAACUGGACUUCCUGCUUCGAUUCACAGUUGAGCACACUCACCUGAGUCCUGUUGACUUCCUAACUACUCAGUCAUGGAGCGCUAUUAAGUCGGUGGCCCUUAUGGAAGAAUUUCGAGGCCUAGACCGAGAUGUGGAAGGAUCUGCCAAGCAGUGGAGGAAAUGGGUAGAGUCAGAGAGUCCAGAAAAGGAAAAGUUACCACAAGAAUGGAAGAAGAAAAGUUUAAUACAGAAGCUCAUUAUUUUGAGAGCAGUUCGCCCUGACAGGAUGAUGUAUGCCCUUAGAAAUUUUGUGGAGGAAAAACUAGGUGCAAAAUAUGUGGAGAGGACCAGAUUGGAUUUGGGUAAAGCAUUUCAAGAAAGCAGCCCAGACACCCCCAUGUUCUUCAUCCUGUCUCCAGGUGUUGAUGCCCUUAAAGACCUGGAGGUGCUUGGCAAAAGACUUGGGUUUACAAUUGACUCUGGAAAAUUCCACAAUGUGUCUCUAGGACAAGGUCAGGAAACAGUGGCAGAAAUGGCACUAGAGAAAGCUUCCAGAGGAGGACACUGGGUCAUACUCCAGAAUGUGCAUCUGGUAGCCAAGUGGCUGGGAACCCUGGAGAAACUCCUUGAAAGAUUCAGCCAAGGAAGCCAUAGAGAUUACAGGGUGUUCAUGAGUGCUGAGGCCGCACCUUCCCCACAUGAGCACAUCAUCCCUCAAGGCCUCCUGGAAAAUUCCAUUAAGAUCACUAAUGAGCCCCCAACAGGAAUGCUAGCCAAUUUGCAUGCUGCCCUGUACAAUUUUGAUCAGGAUACACUUGAGAUGUGCUCCAAGGAUCAGGAGUUUAAAAGCAUUCUCUUUUCUCUGUGCUACUUCCAUGCCUGUGUGGCUGGGAGACUGAGGUUUGGCCCCCAGGGCUGGAGCCGGAGCUAUCCUUUCAAUCCCGGAGACCUGACGAUCUGUGCCAACAUCCUCUAUAACUACUUAGAGGCAAAUCCUAGUGUCCCAUGGGAAGACCUCCGUUACCUUUUUGGGGAGAUUAUGUAUGGGGGCCACAUCACAGAUGCCUGGGAUCGAAAGCUGUGCCGGGCAUAUCUAGAAGAAUUCAUGAAUCCAUCUCUGAUUGAAGAUGAACUCAUGCUGGCACCAGGAUUUGCAGCCCCACCCUACCUAGAUUAUUCAGGUUACCAUCAGUACAUAGAGGACAUGCUGCCUCCAGAAAGCCCAACACUGUACGGCCUCCACCCCAAUGCUGAAAUAGAAUUCCUAACAGUGACAUCCAACACUCUCUUCAGAACUCUACUAGAAAUGCAACCCAGGAAUGCAGUCAGCAGUGAGGAGCUGGGGCAGUCUACAGAAGACAAGGUUAAGAAUAUCUUGGAUGACAUUUUGGAGAAACUUCCAGAAGAAUUCAACAUGGCAGAGAUAAUGCAAAAGAACUCAAAUAGAAGCCCCUAUGUUCUUGUUUGCUUCCAAGAAUGUGAGAGGAUGAAUAUUCUUAUUCGGGAAAUUCGUAUGUCACUUCAACAAUUAGAUCUUUGUUUGAAGGGAGAGCUGAUGUUAUCUCCUGAUGUGGAAGGCCAGCAGUCUGCCUUGAGUUAUGACAGGGUUCCAGACACUUGGAGCAAACUGGCUUACCCAUCUACUUUCAGCCUAGCCCAGUGGUUUAAUGACCUCCUCUUGCGUUGCCGAGAACUUGACACUUGGACACAAGACCUUGCCCUCCCAGCUGUUGUGUGGCUUUCUGGCUUCUUCAACCCGCAGUCAUUCUUAACAGCAAUCAUGCAGACCAUGGCUCGGAAAAAUGAGUGGCCACUGGACAGAAUGUGCUUGACUGUUGACGUUACCAAAAAAACAAAGGAAGAUUAUGGCCACCCCCCGAGAGAAGGUGCAUACCUCCAUGGACUCCACCUGGAAGGUGCCAGAUGGGACAUCCAGUCAGGAGCACUUGUUGAUGCUCGCCUUAAGGAGCUGACAUCCAUGAUGCCAGUCAUCUUUGCCAAAGCCAUACCCAUGGACAGACAAGAAACCAAGAACACCUAUGAGUGCCCUGUGUACAAAACCAAAGCCAGAGGCCCCACCUACGUCUGGACCUUCAGACUGAAGAGCAAAGAGAAGACAGCCAAGUGGGUGCUGGCAGGUGUCGCUCUGCUGCUAGAGGCAUAAACGGCCUUCGUACUGCAGCUUUUAUUCCUCCUGCUUCAGCAAGGACACAGUGGGCGUGUUUUAGUAACAUGUGGACACUGGGCUUUUUAACAUCAUCAUCCUUAAAAGGUUGAAAAGGGAAAAGGUAGAAUUACAGGAAAAAUACUAGAAGCCUAUCAAGGAUCUAUGCUUACUGAUUUCUGCUUCCCCCAUAACCCUAUGAAACACCAUGGCCCCUGGCUCCUAUGUUUCACUAAACAUAACCUAAAAAACAAUGCAGUAGGGAUUCUUAUAAACAGCAAAAUAUUUUUAAAUUAAAAAUCAGCCCUUAAAUUCUUUCAAAACAGAAGCAGCAGGCUUCAGGCAGGCCCUGAAAGAAGAGGCAGGCGUGCUAGGCCUCCAGUGUCUAUAACUUGAUGGUCCAUUUUUGUUAAGUUUUAAUAGAAAGGAAACCCUACAAACACAUUGUUGUUAAUUGCACUUUGUAAUUUAGAGGAACAUUCUUCAAUAAUGGCCUUGUAGCUAAGGUCACCAGGAGAAGGCAAAGUAAUGGCCUAGACUGACUGCCUGGGAUGCGAACAACAAAGGCCAGAGCUGGUUAUACAAAGUCUUUGUAACUUACCUGAGCUUUAACUCUGCCCCAUUUAAAUUGUGCUUUUAAACCUUCAGCAAAUACUUGUAUAAUGUGCAUA